GAAAACGAACACACAUUAGUUUUUCAAAAUUCAAGAGAUAUAUUAGUUUCGUUUAGAUAAACUUAUUAAAUAUUAUGGGCGUGCAAUGAUAUUUAAAUUGUGAACAUGUUACAGUUACUAAUAGUUAUUUUACUAAUUUUUCUCUUCAUUUACUGGAUUUUGCCUACGGGUAUAAGCUGGUAUUUGAUCAAGCGAUUUCGGGUUAAAGUUCGUAUCGGACGCAUUUCACUUCCCUAUUUAUCACUGAAGAAUGUCCACAUCAGCAAAAGCGGUUUCUCAGUUCAAAUCGAGGAGGUUUGCUUGCGGAGCCGUUUCUUCACCACUGAGGUGACUAAGCUAGUCUCGAUUUAUGUGCGCGACAUACGCAUCAAUAAGGACAUACACAGUAAUCGACAGGAUGACGUCAACGAUGGCUUCUAUUACGAGCCGUGCAAGCAGAAGCCCGAGGGCAGGAGUGUACCUGACUUUCGGCAAAGCAAAGUGCCCGCAAGCAUUAUAACGUUUGCACAGUUUAUGGCUGUGCAUGUGAAUAACAUAUCAGUGGUGCUAAUGAAUAAUGACUUCGAUCCGGGCUGGUUUAUACAUGCUACAGCCAAGGAGUUGCAUCUGGAUGGCAGCAUUGUACAAAAUGCGAGAGUUCUGCUCGUAAAUGCAGCGCUGACUGAGGCGCAGGCUAAAAUGUUAAGACAUUGCAAUGCCAGGCGACAGUCCUUGGAGAACUUAAAUAAAAUUCGCCCGUGCUUGGGUGAAGUGAGCUUCGAUGUAGCGCUAGAUGCUUCGCUCUUUGCCCACGGACCACUUUCAAUGGACUCUCUCAGCUUGGUCAUUAACAAUUGCAAGUCAGUGAUACAUGGCGGUCUGUACGAGUUCCUUACCGAGGCCAAACAGCGCACCAAUCCAGGCCAGAACCCGAAGACCUUACAGCAGGCAUUUAAACCCAAUGCAAGCACCUAUGACAACGACAACUACGAGAAGUUAGCGCCUAUUAUUCCAAAGAACUUCAACUUCAGCGUUAAGGCAGCAACAUUUUCCGCAGUCAAGGAAAACUCGCAGAAUGAUUUUAGUGCUAAAUUACAGCUUUUUACCAUAACGGGCAAAUUCAACUCAAAGAUUGUGGAUGAAAAGACGCUGCUACCCUCGAUGUUAGCCAAGUUGGUUUUUCAACAUUUGGACAUUGAUACCAAAUACGAGAAACUGCUCUUUGUGGAACAAUUUACUAUUGACUCAGUGCUGGAGAAGGACAUAUUUAAUUUGUAUGUUAAGCUCAAGACAUUCCAAAUUAUUUACAAUCAUAGCGAAAUCUAUGAUUUUGUAAACAACAAUUUUCUGGCUCGUCAGCGUGCAACUAGUAGUCAUCAAUUGCUUCAGUUGGGCCAAAAGCAAAUGUCGCUGCCGGAUCAUUUAUGCUUCGAUGCACUCACUCCCUUAACAUCACCGGCCAAACAGCAACGCGAUGGAGGUAUUCUGGAGUGGAUUAUGCAGCGCAUUGUGGUCAAAGGCUGUGCUGAACUGUGGAACGUUUCGUUACUCAUGAAACUGGAAGAUGAGCACAUCGCCAUGAGCGUUAGUCAUACGCGUUUUCUGCUCGAACAGAUCGAGGAGAAGCGCAGUUCGCUAUAUCGCAAUAAGUUUCUCAAUUUGUUGCUCAAUCAGCGGCAAUGGAGCAUGGAACUAAUGGUAGAAACGCUGUGGUCUAAUCUGGGCAACUCGAACAACGAUACAAACAAUCUGAAGAAGACCCAUUCACCGGGAUCUCCAUUCUUCCUGGGCGUCAGCCUGGUCAAGUUGUGCUCCUAUGCGAAUACCACAAAGCUAGACAUCUCCAUACACACGUUCCGCACAGAGUAUAGCAUGCAGUUGGCAGAGUUCAUUGUCAAGUCCAUGUGGUGCGUUAAGCAGUAUGGAGGACUUGGCACAAAGCGUGCCAAGCAGUCGCAACGUCAUCUUAGCGGCAUCUCUGGGGAGCAGCACGGAACGGCGCUGCGCGUUUCAGUCAAAGUCAAGGAUAUUACGGCAUAUUUUGUCAACCAUCAUAAUGUUUACACGCUGCUGAGCUUCUCUGAGAUUAACCUGACGCGCGCUCACAACUUUGCCACUCUUAAGCUGGAGGAGUUCCAAAUGGCCAUCAUGCGUUCGAUGACUGCAUCGUCGCUGUGUCUCACAGACUUUUCAGAUGUCUUUGCCAGUUGCAAGAUGAUACGGCUAGAGCAUCAGCCAGCGUUCGAAUGCACGCCCGGCAAGCUAUCCAUUUAUAUACCCGGCAACACGGAGGCCAUGUGGAGUUCAAACUUGCACAUGCAUCUCUUAACUCUUGUGCGGGAUAUGAAAGACCUAAAAGCUGAGCUGGCAAUGCCUCCAUCCAGUAACGCUGACAACCAGACAACGAAACGUUCCCUAAUAAUUGAGUUGUCCGCGGAGCGCAGCACAAUUUUUGAGAUAAAACUAUCGGAGCGUCAUUCAAUACAGUUAUACGUGGAGAAUCUCUUCUUUAGCCACAAGGAACGUAAUAUUAUCUACGCAGAGAAGGUCUUUGUCAGAAUCGAUGAUCAGCAUAUCUUUACUGUAAAGGAACUGGAUAUGCAAUCACUGUCGCAUCUGGAAACGCUUAGCCAUGAACGACUCAACUUCCCAGGCUUUGUGCUGCCCACCAACAAGGUGUGGGUAACCACCAUUGGCUCCUUCAAGGCGAUUUUCCCUUAUGAUCAUGAUUUUUAUGAUGCCAUCAACAAUGAGUGCGUCACCCACUACAAGUGGCUCAAGCUGGUGCACAACUACAAGAAGAAGCCGUUUACAGUGAAUUCGCCCUUACCCAGCGACUGGGUAAUAAAGAUCAAGGAGUUCCUGCUGGAGAUCAGUGACGAUCCUUUCGAAGUGAAGCUACGUGAUAACUAUGUCCUCUUGGUCGAUGAAUAUUUAGAGAGUCUGAAGCGGAAGUCCUUGUUUGAUAUGAAGAUUGCCGAACUGUGCUCGGAACGGUUACUAGUGCCCGCGGGCACUAUCGAAAGUUUGUACGCGAAUCUGGUGAAGAAGAAUUCAGAGAUCUACAUACAACGCUCGAAGAAGAUACGGGAAAGUGGGCCAGUACGUACACGUCUGCUCGCUUGGAUUAUGACCGAUGUGGAAAUAUUGGCCAUGGCGGAUACCUCAAUACACGGCUAUGAUAAUGUGACGCGCACUAUGCGCGAGAUCGACUCGGAAACUCCUUGGCCGGAGGAGGGGCUUCAAUUUUCAACGCUCUGGUGUCGCGGCGUUAAUAUCAGCUGCUCCGAAUGGAAGUUUAUGCUGCGAGAUUUUCCUCAACCCAUGUUCUAUGUGAAGAGCAUGCGUUUGUAUGGCAACCUUUGUGGAGCAGAGCAAAUGCCCUCGAAACGCGCUAAGCGCGAUGUCUUCGUCGAGGUGGGAGAGCCCUUUAAGACGGAUGUGGUGCAGCGUAGCAUGCCAACGAUUAAAUUCUAUCAUGACUUCGACUGCGAACUGGAGAGCUGUAGCUAUGCUUUUGGCCCUUGCUGGGAGCCCGUGAUGGCCCAAUGUAAUUUGAGCUUUGAGAAGAUUUCAGCGCCAUCCAAGGAUCCAAGUCCACCUCUUCCAUUUUGGGACAAGAUGCGCUUACUACUGCACGGUCGCUUAACCCUGAUUGCCAAACAGUUUACGGUGCUGCUGCACGCAUCUCUCGAUCCGUACAAUACAACUGAGGAAAUGGAGCUGACGUGGAACAAUUGUGGCAUUGUCUGGACAAAUGCAAAGAUUAUGUUCAAGGGCGAGCUCAAUGUGACGGUGCGAACUGCGUCUCGCUAUGACGAUUGUCGACUGCUGCACUUUCCUAAUCUGAAGCUGACUUUCAAGCUGAACUGGGUUUGUCUGGCCAAUCCUAAUGAUCACCAUGCUGUCAUGCCCUGUGCGCCCGACAAGCUGCCAGAAUAUUCAAGUAACCAGGUGCACGAUUCUUUUCGUGCUUUUCGCUCAGUUAACCUCAAUAUCUGGGCAUCGUUCGAAACAAAGCCCAAGGUGGCUGAAGAAGUGGAAUUCGAUAUACCUAGCCUGGUGCUGUACGGCAGCACACUGCGCUGGUUUGAGAGCCUAAAGCUUAUUUUGUCAGGCGUGACGCGACCUACCCGACGUGGUCCAGUCUUCAACAACGUGCGACCACGCAAGAAGCAGCUGAGCCGGCACUAUAAAAAGGCCAAUCUGCAGAUGUGCUUGCAUAAGUUUCAGGUGCUCUACUGGAUGUCCCAUGCCCUGCACAAGGGCUUCCAGCUGAACGGACGUCGUGUUUCCUUUAGCUCCGAAUACUGUCUGACGCUGAAUACCAUAGAUGAUGGGCUAAUACAUAGGCCACGUGCAGAUUGGUCCACGGUUUACAUGAACUGUGAGUUGAACGAUGCGGAGAUCUGGCUGAAGAGCAUAGUAACUGAAAAGCUGGACAGCAGCUCUGAGAACUUGGCCAGCGCUGCCGAUGCCUUCAAAAUUGUGCGUUUUUACUUUUUGAGCGUUGCCAAGGUAUCUUAUGGCAGGGAGGCAUUGAUGCCCAUAGCAGCCAGCAAUGCGGAGGAAGACGCAAAAACCAAGAGCACAACUCCCACACACAAGCUAGUCGUCUACGAUCUGAAGGGCGCUUGGACCAAGAGCAAUCGGGAUGUCGCAUUCGCUUUAUUUGACUCCUUUAUGAAGUCGCAAAAGCUGAAGAACAAUCUAUCCACAGAGGCUGUCAAAAGCUAUCGCAAGGAGGCUGCCAACUCAGCUAUGCUAAAGCACAAGCGAAGCGAUAGCACAAUCACUUUGUCCAGCACCAGCAGUGAGGUGUUGCCAAUUGCCAAUACGAAUGCCGCGCUGAAAAAGGCACCAGGUCAGAUUCAUGCCACUGCUAUGCUGCAGCAACUCAUCGCGGAGGCGGAUCACAAGUUUAAUGUGUACAGCGAUGAUCACAGUACACAGUCUAGGGAAUUGCAGCUGCAGGGGCUGCAGGCAUGCUCCGUGCAGGAUAUUAUACAUGAAAACUGGUCUAUCAGUCUAGUCAACUCUCAGGUACUACUCAAAGGCUGUGAGACAUCGGGAUAUGUGAUCAUCAGUGCUGCCAAGGCAGAGAUAUUGCAACGCGAGCAUCGACCCGUAUGGCGGGAUCGUUCGCUCAUCUCGAAAACAACGUGGAAGGGGUUGUUAGAAUGCAUGCAGUACUAUGCAACAGUCAGUGCCGGCGACAACGAUUCGCUCUUAGAGAAGGAGAUCAUGUGGCUUACCGUCGACAAUAUACAGGACAAAGAUGAGACGGUGAUUAGUAAUCACCUGCCCGAGGACAUUUCGCAUCUGGUGGGCAGCGGGCGCAGUGUGGGUGGUGUUGUUUCCGAAACCGUAGGUGCAUUCCUUAGCGACAACUCUGGACAGGCACAGCCGGUGCAGCUACAGCGCAUCGUGUCCAAAUGUAAAUGCGAAUUUUUCUACGUCAGCUAUGGCGAUGCCAUCGAUCCGAAUAGUAUUACUGAAGUGCCGCCGCCACCAUCCGAGGAGUCCUUGUCGCCAUGGGAGAAGCAGGAUGAUCCCGUGGAUGCCUUUACGCUGAUGCAUCAUGAUUUAGACGUGUGCACAAAUUCGUUACAGUACGCCAUGAUCCUGGAUAUAGUCAACAAUUUGCUACUCUAUGUAGAGCCGCAACGCAAGCAGGCGGCUGAGAAAUUAACCCGCAUGCGUUUCCAGCUGCAGCUGCACUCCACGGAGGAUCAGAAACGGCCCAUUCAGCAGAAGCAGACGGUCAUACGCAGCUUGCUGAUGAAGAUACGCUCACUGGAGAAGGACAUACAUCUAAUCAGCAAGGAGCGCAUCGAGGAGGGCGACACGCUAGAGCUGCGCGUUGACUUCGAGCGAGUACAACAGCAGAUUCGUGAGAGCAAGGAAGAGCUAAACACAUACAGCGAGGAGCUGGACAUGAUGCUGCUGUGCUACAAGGAGACCCAGCUGUCCCAGCUCAGCAAAAUCUCCAAUGUGCGCUCGGACAAGUCGGUGACAAUGGUGCGUGCCAACGAAAUCUGCUUCAAGCGUGCGCAGUGGAGACUUACCGAAACGGAUGGUCAGAUUGGCAUUGCAGAUUUGGUGCUGAGUGCUUUCCUUUAUACUAAAAAAUCCAAGAGCGAUGAUUCCGUCGAGCAUCUGCUGGAGCUGGGAAAUAUACGCAUGGAAAAUCUGCUGCCACGCGAAAUAUAUCGCGAUGUUCUACUGGCCACGGAGAUACAGAAAGAUAUGCCCGUGGACACGCAUAAGCGAGUACUCCGCAUCUUUUGCCGUGAGAAGCCGCCGGUUGGCGGUAUUUCAGUUAAGGAUCACUUUGAGAUUAAUGUAGCGCCCAUAACCAUAGCGAUUACUAAGAAGUUCUAUAGCACCAUGUUGAAGUUCUGCUUUCCGGAUCGCGAUGCCUCCGAAACAGAGGUCAGCGAUGAACUGGAUGAUAAUGCUUCCACCAGUUCCGCGUCCACAACGAAUUUACAGUCCAAGUCUGCAUCAUCGUCUAAACGUGCCACCAAGAGCAAGAAGAGCGCCAAGGAUUCCGAGUUCUAUGUGAAAAUCGAAAAGGACGACGUCGAAAAGAUGAAGGAGCGCGCUGAGAAAAACAAACUAUUCAUCUAUAUCAAGAUACCCGAGGUGCCUGUGCGUGUCAGCUACAAGGGCAACAAGGAAAAGAAUCUUGAGGACAUUACCGACUAUUCACUAGUGAUACCCACGUUGGAGUAUCACAAUGUCACCUGGACCUGGCUGGAUCUCUUGCUGGCCAUGAAGUCUGUAAGCAGGCGCGUCAUUCUUUCACAGGCAAUCAAGCAGAAGCUUCAAAUCCAUCGGCGUCAGCCGGUGCUAUCGGCAGGCGAGCGUGCCACGCCCCAAGAAGAGGAUAAAGCCAAAAUGCUAUUUGGCAAUCGUUUACUGAAUGAGAAUCGAAACCAAAGAAAAAGCGGAGGCGUUUUCAAAUUUCAAUCGAGCGGCAAGAGAACAGAUUAACUUCUUUAUUUAAAUCAUAUUUAAUUUUAUAUAUAUUGAUAUAUAUUUAAAUAUGUAUGUAUAUGCAUAUCGUAUUACGUUUGUGAGACCCAUUGCAGUCCCGGCCAGGUCAGGUCAGGCCAGGUCAGGCUAGUUGGAAUGAAGAUAUCUUGAGCCUUUUCAAUUUACUAUCACACACACAUACACACUACAAAUACAAUCACAGCACACACACGCAGCAGAAGUA